AUGGGGACUUAUGAAAGACUCCACUCACACGCCAGCAAGCCCAACGGGUCGUCUAACACCAGAAUGGCGGCAAAUCCCGAUGAAAUCCAGGCUGCCAUGAGAUCCGACGAUAUGGAACCCACAUACCGAUACAACCUGGGAGCACGUGAGAUAACUGUACACCCCGAAAUCUAG